AUGUCACUUUUCGACAUCGCUUCUCUCUCAGGGCGACUUUUGAAGAAAGCAAUAAACACAACAGUUAAGCCUUGUGACGACUUCUACGGGCACGUGUGCGGAACGUGGAUCGAGAACUCAACAAAUUUGCCGGGUGGCGCGAAAUAUCAGAAUGCUCAAGAGUCGUUUUGGAAACAGCUAAAAGGACUGUUGGAAGAUGUGCAAGAUAGUCACAAGGAGAAGCCGAAGUAUUUGAAGAAGGCUACUCAAGCGUACCAAAUUUGCUUGAAGGGAGCCGUAGGAGAAGCCCAAAAAGACGAGCUUAAAGAAUUGCUAUCGGGCAUGGGCAUUGAGGAAUGGCCCAUUACAUCCGAGGACGAUAUUUCCCAACCUUGGGACGAUCUGUUCGUCAAAGCUCACAACCAGUUCGGAUUGACGGCGGUAAUGAAAAUACAAGUGGAACCUGACCGAAAGAAUUCAACAUUACAUGCUAUUACGCUAAGAGCACCAAGUUUCGGGUUUGGCGACUACAUUUGGCACCUUUCCCGGGAGGAGCAACGACAGCUGUGGACAAAAUACAGGGAAUACAUAAGGAACUUCAUGAAAAAGUAUGAGCCAUCUCUCGAGGAAAAUCAAAUCAACACGACAGUGGAGGACAUUGUCAAAUUCGAGAAGCUACUUUUUCAGGCAUUUGCUCCUUACUGGAACGACGUAGACGGCCCCAAGGUAAAGAAGCCUGGAAAAAAGAAGAAGUCUUCUGUUAAGCAAAAACGGAGCGUGCGGUCUGACCCUCCAAAAACGGUUGGAGAACUUCAAGGGAAAAUCCCACAAGUAAGCAUAUGA